GUGCUUGCUCGAAAGGAUACGCGGAGGCGGCGUGGCUUGGGGCAGAUCCCCAGCAACUAACUGGGAAAGGUCUCUACGCUCGGCGACGGGGGAAGUGGCUGUGCGGCCGAUGAGAGGCUGUUCCAGGGCUUAAAACUGAGGAGGUCUCAGUCCCCAGGAAGCGAGAAGAGGCGCUCCUCGUCCCGCCGCCCUCGGUGCUUUUCGGACGCGAGCGCCGGCUCCUAGGCUCCGCUCCAGGGCCUGAGGCGCCGUUAGCUCCCAGCUGGGCGCGCCUCGCCUCUCGCGGAAAAGGACACUGGCUUAGUGGUGACGCUUCAAGGGCUUUCCUGCGAAGACAACGGCACUUGAGAAUUCCUGCGAAUGGAAGGGGAAAGAGUGGAAAAUGUGGGAGAUGGCCAUGUUUAUUAAGUGCGAUUUUUCACUUACCAGGUAUUUAUCCUAAGCUGGUCAGUGUCCUUGCCGUCCGGGAGACAACAGCGAACAAGGUUUUACCGAAGGAACAUCUUAGAGAGUCAUCGCAUUUCCAAGAUUAACAUUUACAAUUUGGAGUUAUUGACCUUCUUAUAAGAAAGACUUUGGCCAUCAAAAUGAAAGCUUUCUUUGAAGUUUUAGAACAAUUAUACAAGAAGGUACUUCUUGGAGCCACACUUGAAAAUGACAGCCAUGAUUACGUCUUUUAUCUCUACCCAGCAUUUUCAGAUCAAGAUUGUUCUGCAAGCACCUCCUCAGACUGCUCAAACGCCUGUGAUGUUCAGGACAAGCAAGAGCCAUCCUCUGUCAGCUUGCCUGCCUUGUCUGUAGCACCUGUGUGUUUGCAGAGACAUUCUCAGAUGAGCAGUACUCGAGAAAUAACGCUCCUUCAGUUAACAGUGAUCAGAGUGAUGAUAACCAGAAUAUUGUCUGUGGAAACUGAAUUCCAUGCAAAGGAGAAAUACAGAGAUAUAAUUAAAAUUCUUUUAAAAUCAUCUGACAUCGAAUCUCAAUUAACCUGUAUGUUCCAGAACUCGGAAAAAUUGUUAACUCACAUGGCAGCAAAGUGCCUUGCACUAAUUCUGUAUUUCCAACUGAAGGAAAAGAUAACAUUGAGUAAUUUCUGGAUUUCUUUUUGCCAAAAAAAUAUUUCUGAAUAUUCUGAAAGUAAUCAAGUAGUAUACUGCCUGUGGAUACUUACCUUUGUAAUUAAAGAAAUCUUUAAAGAUACAUCUUCACAAAAAACAGAAAUUCUAAAACAGUUCCUGAAUCCUUUUGACACUCUUUUUGAAGUCUUUUACAAUUCCUUAUUUUCUCAGCAUUUUGAAAACCACCAAGAUGCUUCUAAACUAAUAAACAGUUUAAUAUGUUUCCUGGAAUUGCUUGAACUUCUUAUAGCCUCCAGAAUCCAUCUGAAGUUACAUUUCACUUGCCAGAGGAUUUUAUUUUUGAAAGCUUCUUGUGUGUUUGAUGUUAUUAGCUGGCCUGUUCAGGCUUUUGUCAAAAGGAAGUUGAUCAUCGUCAUCAAAAAGUGCCUUCUGUGCAAGGCGGGUGAAGACCUUUGUCAGGGAUCUGUCCCUGCCUUCAUGCCACCAGAUAAUCCUUUACAUGUGGACCUGUUGGCUUUGGCCAGCGCUGUUCUGCAAGCUGUGGAUUUGGGCUUGUUGAGGACGUUGUCUGUUGGUGGAAAACCUUCCUGCUUUGGAGGUGGUGAAGUCCUACCUGGGUAUGAGCAUGCCCCUGGUCCAGAUCAUGUGAUUCUUAGAGCAUUGAGUUUACUUAUCAUAAGAUCCUUAGAAAUCAAGUUUCAAAAUUUUGCUUCGGCAAAUGAAAUGAAAGUUGAUUUACAGAGGUUCAUGUCUGAGUUACUGAUCUUCUUAAAACCUCACCUUCAGCCCUCUCUGCAAUCACACAAUCUCUGUGAGUGGUUGUCUAGGGUCUUCAUAGAACAAGACGAUGACAUGCUGGAGGCUGCCAAAGCAUUGCUGGGCAUCUAUCUGAAGUUGACCAGAGAAUAUGAAGCUACUGAAAGCUUGACCCAAGAAAAAGAAAUGUGGAACCAUCACACACAUGAAAAUGGCUAUAAUCCGCAUUGUAUUUUUUUAUUUUUAUUAAAAAAUAUAGGAUUUGAUUCUACCGUUCUUCUUGAUUUUUUGAUUUCAUCAGAAACCUGUUUUCUUGAAUAUUUUGUUAGAUACUUGAAAUUAUUGCAAAAAGACUGGGAUAAUUUUUUCACCAUUUGCAACUAUUUUGAUGUAACUGAAUCUAAAGAUAACAUACAUAUUUGUUGUUGUAUCUCCUCACUUGUCCAAAAUAGAAACAGCAACCCAACAGAAGCUAGUCCUUUGGCUGUUCUUGGUAGUCACACAAAUGCUCAUUCUUGGGUCUCCUGGGCCUCUGCUGCUUCUUCUGAACCACUGAACCAUGGUGUAACGUUGGAGAAGGCCUGCACCAAGCCCCAGGCUAAUUGUCUUUCUACCCCAGGAGCUUCUCAAAGUCUGGUAGAUUAUGACAGCUCUGAUGAUUCUGAAGAAGGAUCCACAAGCCUGUGUUCAGUAAACAGUAGACUAACAUCUUCACACCAAGAAGCAAUGAAGAAAACUCAGGACACAUUUGGAGCAAGUGGGGAUAAAAAAGAACUUAGCCCAGAGUCUCAGUCAAGGCCUCUGGUUACUAAAGAAUCUAAUACCCCGUUCUCUGUUUAUUGUGACGUAGCCCCAGAUAACACUGCUUCUGAAGUGGGAAUAUCUUACAGAACAGUAAAGUGCUUUGAAGAGCUACAAGGUGCCAUUUACCGUUUGCAGAAGAAAAAUCUCUUCCCAUAUAAUCCAACAGCACUUUUAAAGUUGUUAAAACAUAUUGAGACGAUAUAUAAUAAAAGUAUGACCCCUUCGUAUAACAGUGACAUUUUAUUUCCAGGAACUGUUUUUCCUUAGUAAAAUUGUGCCUUAAUGAGGUAACAGUAUUAAAAAUAAUUAAUAAACCUCAAAAUAAUUUCUAAA